GGUGCUGAGCUGCCUUGGAAUUAACCUCGUCGAUAUCGGAGCGGCUAUCGGCCAUAUAUUGGUUGUGUUGUUUAUGCGUGUUCGGCAAUUAAGACGCGGUGAUGGACGUGAUCGGUGUGCAACUCAAUGUGGGACUGGACCCGGAAUUGGAGAGGUAAUUGAUAGCUCGCGCUUUAUCCCAAACUCAUCUACAUCACCACAAAGUCCACCUGUGUGGCCCAUCACCAAUUGCACCAUGCCACUCUCCCUCCUCCGGGCAUCCGCCCUCCUCUUCACCCUCUCCCGCCUUCCCCUCGGCUUCACCCAAGACCCCUCUUCCUCCAAAGACCAAGAACCCAAAGAAGACGGCUACAUAGGCUACCGCCUCACCCACCGCGGCGACCCCGAAUCCGCCAUCUACGAAACCGCCAACACUUCCGAUGAAGACCUCAUCCUGCCCGAGGACCCAGACGUCUACCUCAACGCCUCGGUGUCAGUCGGCCUGAUUGACAUUGAGGUGGACAACAUCACGGCCAAGGUCAACUUGGACGCCAAGGUCUUGAGUCUGCUGCACUUUAGCGCGGGUGUGGAUGCGAGCAUUGAUCGCGUCAAGCUGCGGAUUGAGAACGUCUCUGCCAAGGUGGAGUUGGAAGCCAGACUGGAGAAUGUGGUAGCUAUGGUUGAUGAUGUUUUGCGGAGCAUUGAUUUGAACCCGAUUAUUGCUACGCUUGGGGAAGGCGUGGGGAAAAUUGUGGAUGGGGUGGGGGAUGUUGUCGGUGGUGGUGAGAGUGGUGAUGCAGCGGGUAAAGCUGGAAAUAAUCUGGUGAAGAAGGUGCCGCUUGGUGCACGUGGUGCCAGUGGUGAUGAACAUGAGAAUGACCUGACCAAACGCGUCCCUGCCACCGGACACGGAUCAGGAGCAGAUCACGACCCCUUCAACUACAACCUUGAGCACAAUAUCCUCUACAGUGUCAACAAUUAUCAAGGAAACAAACAUCGCAAUCGCCGACUGGAUCAGAAUGGCGAUAUCUUGGAUGAGUACCUCGACAAUGACGGAAACGAGCAGUCGAGACAGGUGGUGGGGUAUUACAAGGAUGAUAUGACGUUUAAUGGACACAACAGGAGCAUUGAGGUGGAUGGAAAGGUGAAGGAGUUUGAGUUGCAAUAUGAGUAUAAGCCGUUCCCGGGCAUUGAGGCGAUUUGCUGGAUUUACGUGGAUGUGGAGGGGAAGGUGGUCAGGACGAAGGUCAUUUCGGAGGCGCAGGGCGGAGGGACGAGUACGGUUAGCAAUGACUCGGAGGAGUGAUGGGGGUGGGAUGUGGUUGGAUACCUCUAUGGGGUUGUGUUGCGGUGAUUGUCUGCACUUGGCUUAAAGUUUGAAAUGUAUGGAAGAUUCCUUUUAUGUUUAAGAACAGGGGAACGUGUCGCGUGUUAUUGAUGGCGAAUAAUCCAAGUAGCCGCACCACAAGCCGUAAGAAAAGUGAUAGUGAGCACAUGCUGCUGAUUUGUGCUGUCCUCUGCAACUGCUGGCCUAGGUCAUCGUUCAUACAACAUCAUUGCUUGCAAAACGCCAAGCAUCAAUAACCCGAUACUGCUAAUUGCCACUUCAUUCUCCUUCCUGAGGCCUUGUUCUUUCCUAAACACCAACCAAAACCUAUCAGAUGGGUUCUCGCAUCAUGAAAAGCUCGGCACGAAGCGGGUCCAAU